AUGGUGUUCAAAGCACUACUUGAGCUACCUUGCGAGUCUCCAGAGCUCGUUUCGACCGCAAUAUGCAAUGAGGAUGCUGAAGUCAAUAAGGCACAUGUGGAGUAUUCGCAUCACGGCAAUCAGCUUGUGAUCAGCUUGUCUGCACAAAGAGCAAAGGAUCUCAGCAGGGCAAUCAAUGCAAUACUGUCUAGGUUCAGACUGUGCACUGACACUGUUGAAAUGUGCAAGUCUCUUCAGAAAUAA